GAUACAAAGGCAAGCUUUGCAUAGCCAAUACUAAUAUACUCCAAUACAAUGUUACCAACACCACUAUGCCUAAUACUUUUAGAGAAGACUACUCCCUAGCUUGUCGCGAUGAAAAUUACGAGAGGCUGGAGCCUAUCUAUAAGUGGAAUAUUCCGGAAGUCAAUUUGACCGCUCUGGACGCCGAACAGCCACCGUAUGAUAUCGGGCUACAGAACGAGCCAGAUAGACCAGCUCCGGCCGACAAUUUCUUAUUCUGGUCUUUUGGGAAGAACCCUCUGUGGUUGAACUUCUCGAACCCGACAAUCUUAAAUCUCAAUAACGCGUCGUUUGACCCGGACUACGUGAUAGUGUAUGAUAAUACCACGGAAAAUGACCCUAAUAACCCGAGUAGGUGGGUUUAUAUGGUCAUCACGGCUCCCGACACCAGUCAGGUCGACUCCAAAAAGACUUUCGUCCCGGCUGCACACCCCCUGCAUCUCCACGGACAUGACUUCGCCCUUCUUGCUCAGGGCAACGACUCAAGCCAACUUCCGAACGUCCCUCUGAAAUUCGACAACCCACCACGGCGUGACGUAGCACUUCUGCCAUCAGGGGGGUACCUCGUUGUUGCCUUCAAGGCCGACAAUCCCGGCACCUGGGUGUUCCACUGUCACAUUGCCUGGCACGCCUCAAGCGGCUUGUCUAUACAGCUCAUGGAGCGCCAACAGGAAUUGGUCGAGAUGAUGACCGACGAGAGGCUCAAGGAGCCUAGAAGAGUAUGCGACAAUUGGAAUACGUGGUUUUCGGACACGAGCAACCACUGGAACCCUAACGGGCCGUUCCAAGAUGAUUCGGGUAUCUGAUUAUCGCAGUUACUGCUAGUCUUACUAUCCUUGAACGUGAUGGUGAAGUUUCUGUUUUUCCAAGAAUGGGGAUUGAUAUAGUUUGGAAUAGUAACCCCUGAGCAAAAAUAGGGGGUU